GGGAGCUCCUUCAGCAGCGCCGGCGCCCGGCCUCUCAUUCAUGCGGCGGCAGGGCCGGCGGGGAGACCCCAGGAAGGAGCGGCGCUGAGCAGCGGGAGGAGGAGCCGCCGCCGCCGCCGCCUCAGCCAGCUUCCCUCAGUCGGAUCGCGAGGAGGGGCCGGACCAUGCGGUGGCCGCGGAGCCCUCGGAGGCCCUGGCGGCUUCCCCGGCGCUCGCUGGUGGCCGCCCUCUUCCUCUUCUCGCUGUCCUCCUCUUUCCUCUACUUCGUCUAUGUGGCGCCCGGCAUCGUGAACACCUACCUCUUCAUGAUGCAAGCCCAAGGCAUCAUGAUUCGUGAAAACAUGAGAACGAUAGGAGCGCAGGUUUAUGAGCAGGUGGUCCGCAGUGCCUAUGCCAAGAGGAACAUCAGUGGGAAUGAUUCAGAUUAUGCUGUUGAUUUGAACCACAAUGAAACCUUUCUGCAGACUACAACUUUUCUUCCUGAAGAUUUUACCUAUUUUCCAAACCAUACCUGCCCUGAAAGACUCCCUUCUAUGAAGGGCCCUACUGAUGUAAAUAUGAGUGAAAUCAGCAUGGAGGAGAUCCACCAGUUCUUCUCUCAAGAUCCCGCUAUCAAAAUAGGAGGCCACUGGAAGCCUAAAGACUGCCUGCCUCGUUGGAAGGUGGCAAUCCUCAUUCCAUUCCGCAAUCGUUACGAGCAUCUUCCAGUCCUCUUUAGACAUCUUAUUCCAAUGCUGCAACGCCAACGUUUACAAUUCGCAUUUUAUGUGAUUGAGCAAGCUGGUAAUCAACCUUUCAACCGUGCCAUGCUCUUCAAUGUUGGCUUUCGGGAAGCAAUGAAGGACUUGGACUGGGAUUGUCUGAUAUUUCAUGAUGUGGACCAUAUACCUGAAAAUGACCGUAACUACUAUGGAUGUGGGCAGAUGCCAAGACACUUUGCUGCAAAACUGGAUAAAUAUAUGUAUAUCCUCCCUUACAGUGAGUUCUUUGGAGGGGUGAGUGGCCUAACAGUCGAACAGUUUCAAAAAAUCAAUGGCUUUCCUAAUGCCUUCUGGGGCUGGGGCGGAGAGGAUGAUGACCUCUGGAACAGGGUCCAUUAUGCAGGCUACUUGGUUACUCGGCCAGAAGGAGACACUGGGAAAUACAAGUCAAUUCCACAUCAUCAUAGAGGUGAAGUACAGUUCUUAGGAAGGUAUGCGCUGCUGAGGAAGUCCAAAGAGAGGCAAGUUUUGGAUGGCCUCAACAACUUGAACUAUUUUCCAAAUGUUACGUAUGACGCCUUGUAUAAAAACAUAACUGUCAACCUGACGCCAGAGCUGGCUCUGGUGAAUGAAUACUAAGAGAAGAUAAGAAGAACAAAACCACAUGUUGAUAUAUUGUUUUAUAGGGUUCUCCUGGACAAGAAAAGUCUUGGAUCUAAUGAAGGAUCACAGUAUUUUGAAGAAUAAUACUGAAAGCAUGCACGCAGAUGGUCUGUGACUGUAGCCCUACUCGAACUGGUUGUGCAGCAAGCUCGGACUUCACUUGCUUUCUGAUUUUUUUUUUUAAGGACAGUGGUUUGACCUGCUGCUUUGCCCCCUUCAUUCCAUCUCCUUAAACAAUCUCCAACACCAAACUGUGAUCAAAUGUGCUUUUCCACUCAUUAAAUCAGUUUGGCUGAAAAGGACAUUGUUGGCUUCUCGACUUUGGAUGCCGGAAGCAAUCCUGCAGGCAACAGCCCUAAUGAGAGACAAACUGCAUCUUACAAUAUCAUUCUUCUACAUUUGUGUCUGUAUUGUUUUUUUUUAAUUGACCUGCUUGAAGAGAAGAUAUAUAUAUAUAUGUACAACAGAAUCGCUUCUUAAAGAAGUGUUGGUGUAAAUAAGCUGUAUAAAUCGCUUUCCUUUCUUUAAAAAUUCUUUUAUAAUUUGAAGCUGAAGGUUUACAACUUAAGGUGAUUCACAUAAACCCCACAUGUGCAGGUGUUUCAGCACAUCAUGACGGUGUUCGUGUGAGUAAAUUGGUUCAGGAUCACUUGCCUGAUCUCUUGCAGGAUUAGGAGCUUGGUAGGCUGUGAUGCUUAAAAAAAUGGAAGCCACAGCAGUGCUUUCUUUGGGGUGAAAAAAAAAUGUGUGUGGAGGGAUAGAAAUUACAUUUAUAAAAGAACAAACACCCAUCUUGCACCAUUUUGUAGUCCAGUUGUUUCUGACAGUCCAGCAUAUUCUGCCAUGUCCCAUAGUGGCAAAUACCAGUGGAAUUCACAUCCAUCCCUGCUGCUUUGCCUUUACAAGUGAUGGCCUCUCCAGUCAGUUGUGCUGGCUGUCACUUACCUUGAAUCCCUUCAUUUUUUCAGUGCAGUCUGAGUUUGGGCAGCCAACUGCAGAUUGUUAAAUCUGCCUUUCAAAAAAAAUCUGUAGUGAUACCUGUAAUUUAAUUUUUUGGGGAGGGAGGAGUUUUAUGAAUAGUAUUUUGAUAUUUAUUGUGUAUACAAAACUGUACACUGAAUUAAUAUAGGCUAAAGCUGUAGGUUAGGGCUCUUGGUUGUGGUAAUUAACCAGAGAGAGCAUUGCACAAACGUUGGGAUAAGUUUAUCCAGACUUCAAAUUUACAAUUAGAAGAAUGAAGGGCAUUGAGAUUAGUUCAGGAAAAAAAUGUGAGCAUUGGGCAGAAGUGCUUGGUCCAUAUCCUCCAUCCAGUUCGACAGAUCCAGUUUUGUUUGAAGCUGUCGUCUUAGAUUUGUGCCUUUUUUGUUUUUUGUUGUUGCUGUGGUUUAAAACCAAUCCAUCUGUUUAUACAGUGUGUUCAAACUUUUUAUUUUAACUGGGGUCUAUAACUCUGGUAAAAUGUCCUUUUUUUGCAUUGCUUUUUAAUAUGUAUUUAUAGAGACAGAUUGUGAGUACUUAACCUCAAAAGUGCUUUAAUUUCUGUUACUGCAUUGUUGCCUUCAACUUCCUCCAAUUGCAUAGUUUACAUAUAGUUUCUUGGUUCGGUGGCUGUAUGAACCCCCAUAUACAUCUGUUGUGGGUGUGACUGACCAGGCCUGCUUUCUUGUAUCUGAAAAAAGUUAUGAAAAUGUGUCCUCCUCCUGCGUGUAUGCACACAUGCGUGAGUGUGGAGACGUAUGUAGAACUUAUCAGCCCAUAUGAAAGGACAGCAAGUCUGCCCCUGAAAAUGCUGGUAAGCCUGUAAUUUAGGUGAAAAGUAUUUGAAAUAAGUGCGCUUUAAAAUAUUUCAUAAGGGAACCCUUCAUGGCUGCUGCAGAGCAGAGGUAAGGAUUUGAGUGGGUUUUUCUUUUAAUGACACUCAUAGCAAUAAAAACCUAAAUUUUGAUUUUUCUCAUAUAGAUGAUGCAUAUGUACCCUUUGAUUCCAUUUUCCCUUUUAUUAAGGCCUAGAAAAUUAGCAAGAACCCACAUUUUUGUUUAAUGGUGCUUCAACUGAGGAAUGUAUUUAAAACUGUCUGAAUUCAUCAUCACGUGCAUUUGAAUGAAUAUAUCUGUUCAAAUAGACAGACUUUCCAGCACUUCAGAUCUCUCAAGCUUUUAACAUUUAUUCCACUUCCUUGAAAAACAAAAAAAGGAAUUACCUCUGCUCAGAAAUGCACUUGCUAAAGAUUGGCAUGAAAGGGUCAGUUUGACUUCCUAAUCAAUGGCACUCUCGGUUUAGUUAGGUUUUCCCCCCCAAUCACGUUGUUUUCUUUCCCUCUUUAGAAAUGUGGAAUACUUUUAAAAUGUGCACUGUUAAUCUUAUCAGCUAAGUCAAAUACUGUAUAGUUAAUGUACUGGUUCAAAAACAUAACUGUCAAACGCAUGUGAUACGGUGUAAAAAAAAAAUCAUCUGUAAAGUGUACAUAACUUUGGCAGCUGAAAUUCGACGAGGCCACUGCUCCACAUCCCCCAUCAACACUGUCCGCUAAUAUUGCUGGGGGUGGAACAAGAUAAAUGCUUCUUUUUUUUUUGUAUGAGCCAUGUGGUCUUAAUUUGCUUAAAUUGUGUAAUAUCCACUAUUUCAUUUUUUUUAAGCUCCUCUUCAAAGAGUUUACCAGCUGAGCCACCGCCACAUAUUUCCCAAUGCCUCCUGUCACAGGAAGCAUUGAAGAAACCACGUGCGACUCCUUUCCAUCCUGUUCUGUUUGAGCUCGCUCUUACGUUUCCUAUGAGGUGCCAGGGGUACAUUUUUGCACUGAAAUCUAGUGUUUUAAAACACACACAAUUUUCAGCAAAGCAAUCCUUUGUGUCAUUACAUUUAUUUACCCAUGUGUUUGUACAUUUUUGUAUUUGUUAAUUUAUGAAUGAUUUUUUCAGUAAAAAGAAUACAUAUUCAAGGUA